UGCAAGUCAACAGUUCUUAGUUAGACGCGAUUAGAAACGCACGCCAUCCACCGCAAGUGCUUGUUAGAAGAAAAUAAAAAUUUUUAUUCAGGAAUUGCAAUAAAAUAAAAACAAGUUGUGUAAUUAAAUAUAUUCAGAGCCAGUCAAUUAAGAUGUCAAAAAUACUCCUAAUUACCAGUUUCGUACUUUUUGUACUCUGCUUAUACGCCAAAGCAAAUCCUUUGGCUCAACCCUCUGCUCUACCGAGUGACGAUUUGGAGGUUGCUGAAUCAGCUUAUGGUCAUAAAGGCUACGGUGGUGGCUACGGAGGUGGCUAUGGAGGUCAUGGCGGUUAUGGUGGAGGUCAUAAAGGAGGCUACGGAGUAAUCGUUGUUCCUAUUAUUGUCAAAGGCGGAGGUUAUGGCGGUGGACAUGGCGGCGGAUAUGGCGGUGGUUACGGACAUGGUGGUAACUAUGGAGGUUAUGGAGGAAGAGGCCGCAAAGGUCACAAGAAGCAUUAUGGCUAAAAAGUCACAAAAUUAUAUAAAAUAUUUAGUUAAUAAAGAUAAAAUUUUGAUAUUUUUGUUAAAGAAAAUUUAACUUCUUUCUUUAUGCCACUCAAUAGCCAAAAAAACAUAACGUCGUUCUCGAUAAAUUUUCAAAAGUCAUAAGAAAAUAUAGUUUAAU